AUGCGCCAUUCGGCGGCGCAUUUGAUGGCGGCGGCGGUCAGUGCAAUUUGGUCGGAUGCCAAAUUCGGCGUUGGUCCUGCCAUCGAAAACGGGUUUUAUUACGAUCUCGAUCUGCCCGUUUCCUUGACACCGAAAGACCUCGAAAAGAUCGAGCAGAAAAUGCGCGAGCUUAAAAAUAAAAAACUGCCGUAUGAACGCGUCGAAGUUCCCGUCGAUGAAGCAAUCGCGGAAAUGGAACGGCUCGGUCAAACUUAUAAGGUCGAGCUUCUGGCACUACUGAAAGAAAAAGGUUCGACGGCAGUUGCCAAAGAAACCGGCGACGAUGAUGCGGUCGGCGUGAGCGAUUCGGGCGACGGCAAAGUGACCAUUUCGUUAUACAGAACCGGAGAUUUCGUUGAUCUUUGCCGUGGACCGCACGUUAAUAAUACUUCCGAGAUCGGCACUUUCAAAUUGAUGAACAUUGCCGGAGCUUACUGGCGCGGAAACGAAAAAAAUCCGCAGCUUCAGCGCAUUUACGGAACGGCUUUUGAAACCAAGGAAGAACUCGAAAAACAUCUCUGGCAGUUGGAAGAAGCCAAAAAACGCGACCACCGUAAGCUCGGACAAGAUUUGGACAUUUUCACGUUUUCCGAAGACAUCGGACAAGGUUUACCGUUAUGGCUGCCGAACGGAACGGUCAUUCGUGAAGAACUCGAAAAACUGGCGAAGGAAGAAGAACGUAAGGACGGUUAUUUGCGCGUUGUCACGCCGCAUAUUGCAAAGGACAAACUUUAUUACCGUUCGGGACAUCUGCCUUUCUACGCGGAAGAUAUGUAUGCG